GGGCUUAUCCAGGCGGGGGAGGGCAUCGGGAGUAGCAAUCUGGCCAAGAUCAUGGAGUCUUGGAUGUCGCUGGAGGCCGCAACGUGGCAGAAGCUGUGCGAGAUCGUGCGGCUGUGCAAGGUGCAGAAGACGUAUCAGAGCGACCAGCGCCGCCUGAGCCUCUGCUUGGCGGAGGGCAACAGGGACCUUCGAGCCGCCCUGGUCUUUGAGCUCGCCCAG